AUGACCUGCCUUUUCCCCAGAGCCCUGGGGCCUCUGGUCCUCUUGAUGUGCCGCUGGCCAGGCUGUGCAUUGCACAACUUCAGUAGGUGCACUCACGGGAUCUGCAGUGGAAGCAGCACCCGGAAGUUUGCAAGGAACAGCCUGCACAGCGCAAAGACUGCCCGUCACGGAGGCGAUAAAUCGGGGUCUCUUUCAACACAGUCAGGAGGGCAGCACGGAGAAGACGGGACAGCAGUGCAGCCGGUCAAAAGAAGGUACAAACGUGAAUGGGUCAAAUUUGCCAAGCCCUGCAGAGAAAGAGAAGACAACUCAAAAAGAAAUCCCAUUGCCAAGAUCACUUCCGAUUUUCAAGCAACCCAGAAAAUUACCUACCGAAUUUCUGGGGUGGGAAUUGAUCAGCCCCCUUUUGGAAUCUUUGUUGUUGACCCAAACAAUGGUGAUAUUAACAUAACGGCCAUAGUUGAUCGUGAGGAAACCCCGAGCUUCCUGAUCACAUGCCGAGCUCUGAACGCCCUGGGACAAGAUGUAGAGAGACCACUCAUAUUAACAGUGAAAAUUUUAGAUGUCAAUGAUAAUGCUCCGAUAUUUUCACAAACCAUAUUCAAGGGUGAAAUUGAAGAAAACAGUGCUUCAAAUUCACUGGUAAUGAUCCUAAAUGCCACAGACGCGGAUGAACCAAACCAUUUGAAUUCUAAAAUUGCCUUCAAAAUCGUCUCCCAGGAGCCUGCAGGCAUGCCCAUGUUCCUCAUCAGCAGAAACACGGGAGAAGUCCGCACUUUGACCAGUUCUCUUGAUCGAGAGCAAAUCAGUAGCUACCAUCUGGUUGUGAGUGGUACAGACAAUGACGGAACGGGACUGUCGACUCAAUGCGAAUGCAGUAUUAAAGUGAAAGACGUCAACGACAACUUCCCGGUGCUUAGGGAUUCUCAGUACUCAGCGCGCAUUGAGGAAAACACUCUAAACGCCGAGCUACUCCGGUUUCAAGUAACAGACUGGGACGAAGAGUACACGGAUAACUGGUUGGCCGUGUACUUCUUUACCUCUGGGAAUGAGGGGAAUUGGUUUGAAAUUGAAACAGAUCCAAGAACCAACGAAGGCAUCCUGAAGGUGGUUAAGGCUCUGGAUUACGAGCAGAUGCAAAGCCUGCAGUUUAGCAUCGCCGUCAGGAACAAAGCUGAGUUCCACCAGUCCGUGAUCUCUCAGUACCGAGUGCAGCCGACUCCAGUCAUUAUCCAAGUCACCAAUGUCCAAGAAGGCAUUUCUUUCCGUCCUCCUUCCAAGACAUUUACUGUGCCAGGGAGCAUAAGCACCAGUAAACUGGCUGGUUAUAUCCUGGGAACAUAUGAAGCUACUGAUGAAGACACUGGUAGAGCUGCCUCGACUGUCAGAUAUGUCCUGGGUCGUAAUGAUGGUGGUUUGCUUGUUAUUGAUCCAAAAACUGCUCAGAUCAAAUUUAUCAAAAACAUCGACCGAGAUUCUACUUUCAUAGUUAACAAGACAAUCUCAGCUGAGGUUCUGGCUAUAGAUGAAAACACUGGUAAGACGUCUACGGGCACAGUACACGUCGAAGUGCCCAGUUUCAGUGAAAACUGUCCCUCGGUUGUCCUGGAGAAGAACGAGAUCUGUAGCAGUGCCUCGCCGUCUGUGCUCAUCUCGGUGAAAACCCUGGAGAGGGGCAGAUACACUGGCCCCUACACAGUGUCGCUGGAGGAGCAGCCUCUGAAACUGCCAGUCAUGUGGAACAUCAGAAUGAUGAAUGAUACCUCCGCACUUCUACGAGCCCAGCAGCAGGUGUCCCCAGGAGUGUACAGCGUCCCAGUCGUUGUGAAGGACAAUGAGGGCGGGCAGUGUGACACACCAGAGAUCCUGACCCUGACAGUGUGUCAGUGUGAUGACCGGAACAUGUGCCGAGCCCCUAACCCGAGCAGAGAGCCUAUGAGACACAGAGAGUCAUCCUGGCGGCUGGGGCCCGCUGCCAUCGGCUUGAUCCUGCUGGGACUCCUGAUGCUGCUGUUGGCCCCGCUUCUGCUGCUGGCCUGUGACUGUGGGUCAGGUCCCAUCGGAGGAGGAGCCGCGACAGGUGGCUUUAUCCCUGUGCCUGAUGGUUCAGAAGGAACAAUCCAUCAGUGGGGAAUUGAAGGAGCCCAGCCUGAAGACAAGGAAAUCACAAAUAUUUGUGUGCCUCCUAUCACAACCAAUGGUGCAGAUUUUAUGGAAAGUUCUGAAGUCUGUACAAACACAUAUGCUGGAGGGACGGUGGUGGAAGGUGCUUCGGGAAUGGAAAUGACUACCAAAAUGGGAGCCGCUACUGGAGCAGGAGCUGCGGGGACACUUGGCCCCUGUUCCCUGGAUCACUCAGGAACGAUGAGAACGAGGCAUUCCACUGGAGGGACCUUGAAGGACUACGUUGUUGCACCAGUGAACAUGACUUUCCUAGGUUCCUACUUUAAUCAGAAAUCGUUUGCCUAUGCCGAGGAGGAGGAUGAGCGGGAAGUGAAUGACUGUUUGCUGAUUUACGAUGACGAAGACGAGGAUGGCGCCCCCUGUUCGCCUGCCCUCAGCUCCUGCAGCUUCAUGCCCGAUGACCUAGAUGACAGCUUCUUGGAGUCCCUUGGCCCCAAAUUUAAAAAGCUUGCAGAGAUAUGUCUCGGUAUUGAUGACGAAGCCAAGCAGGCAAAGCCAGGCCCUAAAGACAGUGGUUCUGGGGCAGGCAUCUCUGCUCGCUCUGCGGAAGUCCCUCAGUCAGGUGCUAACAGGUACCAAACUUUGCCUGGCAGUCUGGAAAUCCCUCAGUCACGUUCUCAAAGGUACCAGACUUCGCCUGGCAGUCUGGAAGUCCCUCAAUCAGUUUCUAACAGGUACCAAACUUUGCCUGGCAGUCUGGAGGUCGCUCAGUCGGGUGCUCAAAGACACCAGACUUUGCCUGGCAGUCAGGAUGCUUCUGUUUUGUUCACUUCCGGGUCUGUCCACCCUGCCAUUGCCAUUCCUGACCCUUUACAGCUUGGUAACUACUUGCUCACAGAAACCCACGCAACUUCAGGCUCCCUCGUGCAGCCCACCACUGCCACCUCUGACUCACGUCUCACCCAGAAUGUCACCGUAACAGAAAGAGUGAUUUGCCCCCUUCCUAGUAUCUCUGGUAGCAUAGUGGCUCCCACAGAGCUGCGGGGCUCCUACAGUAUGCUCUAUACAAAAGAAACCAGUUCCCAUCUAUGACCUAAGCAAACUGGAAAAAUAUACUAGCCAAAUUUGGAUAUUUGUACCCAAAUAUCUUUUUAAAAUCUAGCAAAGCUUGUGGUAUUGGACUAAUUUGGCUCCUACUGGAUAACCUCUGAUCAUGAUCAUGAUUUACAUAUUCUUAUUCAUAUACAACAGCUAGGUAUGUUAAGGAAUAUUUCUAAUUCUCUGAUU